GCAUGAAGCAAUUGACGCCAUCUUUUUUAUCGUCCCCUCUAAAUUUGCUUCCUCCCAAUAUUCUCUCCUUCCCCUCCCUCACACCCCAUCAUGGAAUCCUUAUCCCCUCCACCCAGGGACGAUGACCACCGCACGGGUCGACGAGUCCGCGAGCUCUACCGCUAUUUCCAGCCGGAGCGCAACAACAGCUUCCACGACCGCAGCCAGACCGAAGACACACCCCCACCACCAGCAUCAUCCGCAACGCUCGAUCCCUCGAUUCAAGGGCCAGCGUCGCCCGCCCUAUCCUCACUCUCGCAAUGCCCCCCCGCCAUCGGUCCCGGCUCUGCGGGGCUAGUCCCCGAGGCCUUGGUCCUGGGCGACCCGAAUGCGACCCUGACAUCCUUUGCGCAACUCGCAGCUUUGCGCCUGAAUGUCGAGCGUGUAUUAAUUAGUGUUUCAGAUCGCCAGUCACAAUUCAUCCUGGCCCAAAGUACGCGAACCGGAGGGGUCAGUGACUACGAGACCACGGGCAAUGGCGUCUGGAAUGGCUGCCCGACCAUCUCUAAUAACGUUCUCAGCAUGUGCAAGGUAGGUACUACCUCCUCAGGGCAGGUCGUCGAUCGGUCACUCAACAAUUCGUUGCGUCCUUUGAUACAGGCCACCAUUGCUCUUCCGCCGUCCAGCCGAGACCAAGGUCAGCACAGCUUCAAGGUGAUCAACGAUCUGUCCGAGGAGGAGCGCUACAAGCGCCUCCCCUUCGUGCAGGGAGACCCGGGCUUCCGAUUCUACGCCGGCACGCCCCUGACCACCGAGACCAACAUCAACAUCGGAUGUUUCUUCAUCCUGGACACGAAACCGCACAAUGGGCUGGAUGACACGGAGAAGGAGACCCUGCGCUCGUUGGCGUGGUUGAUCAUGGAUUACCUGAAGGUCAGCCGGCAGGCGUCCGAGGGUCGGCGCGCAGCUCGCCUGUCCCGUGGCCUGAGCUGCUUCGUCGAGGGCAGCUCCAGCUUCGUGGAUGCGGGCCAUCCAUCGUUUGCUGGCAGCUCCGCGGCACCCAGUACCCCGCCGCUGUCCAGCCAGCGGACCAACCAUCUGUCCGUCGGAUCGCUCAACAGCCUGGACGUGCCGUCGAAACGAUCGCACAGCACCGACGCCCGCUCCUUCAGCUCCGCGUCGGACUACAAGGCCGACCAGAACGUUUCCUCUGGUCCGAAUACGCUACUGCCGGACUGGUGGUCGGGCAGUCGCGACAAAGAGCUGAAGGGGGUGGACGAGUCGCACGGCCACGGCUGGGCGUUCCGACGCGCGGCGAAUCUCAUCCGCGAGAGUCUGGAGCUGGGAUCCGACGGCGGGGUGAUCUUCGUGGAGAACAGCAACAGUCCGAUGAUGGACGCAGACACGGGCAGCGACUGCUCGGUGGAAGGCAACAACCCGGCCCCCGUGCUGGCCAUAUCCACCAACGAGGAGCCUUUCGCGCCGGGCCCGGGCUCGAAAGUCCUGUAUCCGGCAACGAAUCUGGACAGCUCGUUCCUGCACCAGCUUCUGCGCCGGUACAGCAAGGGCAAGCUAUGGUCAUUCCACCGCGAUGGGCUGAUCUCGAGCUCGGACGAUGAAACGCCGCGCCGGAACCGCGCGCGGGCUGGCAAAGGGCCCGAGACGAAGAAAAAGUGGAAGUCCAUGGAGAAUUCCAUGCUGAACCUGUACUUCCCGAAUGCUAGCCAGGUCCUCUUCGUGCCGCUGUGGAACUCGGCCAACUCGCAGUGGUUUGCCGGGUGUUUCUGCUGGAACACCGUGGAGACGCGCGUGCUCAGCUCAUCGGUGGAGUUGAGUUCGAUCCUUGGCUUUGGCUCGUCCAUUAUGGCUGAAUGUAACCGGGUUGAGUCGCUCAUCUCCGACCGGCAGAAGGGUGACUUCAUCGGGAGUAUCUCACACGAGCUGCGGAGUCCGCUACAUGGCAUUCUCGCAGCUGCCGAAUUCCUGAACGGAACGAAUCUGGAUGAAUUCCAGAGCUCUCUCCUGGAGACUAUCAAUGCCUGCGGGCGCACCCUGCUGGAUACGAUGAACCAGGUGCUGGAUUUCAGCAAGAUCGUCUCGCUGGAACGAACAUAUCGCAACCUGAAACGAAGCAAGACCCCACCCGCGGAAGUCAAGAGUCUGGACCGGUUGUCUACGCAUCUGGACACGUACGUGGCGACGGAUCUGGCCCUCCUGGCUGAGGAGGUGGUUGAGGGCGUGUGCCUCGGCCAUGCGUACGGACAGAAGUCCACUGCGCCGUACGAUCAGCCGGUCGUGCUGCCGGUGGGCAUGGCCGAGCAGACGGAUGGGGAGACCAAGCCCAAACCUCGCCCCGAAGUGGAGGUGGUCAUGGACAUUUCCCACAACGACUGGACCUACCUGACGCAACCCGGCGCCCUGCGGCGCAUCAUCAUGAACGUCUUUGGCAAUGCCAUGAAGUACACCCACAGCGGCCGGGUGUCGCUGCACCUGGAGGUCACAGAGGCAUCGGAGGGCCGGUCCCGUCGCAACGGCGUCGAGGAACUGGUGACGCUGACUGUGUCGGACACGGGCAAGGGCAUCUCCGAGGAGUUCCUGCGUGGACGCCUGUACACCCCCUUCGCCCAGGAAGACACUCUCGCCGUCGGAACGGGGCUGGGGCUGUCCAUCGUCCGCAGUCUGGUCAAGUCGCUCAAGGGCAGCAUCAACAUCCACAGCCGCUCGGGCGAGGGGACGAUCGUGAAGGUGUCAUUGCCGUUGGUCCGACCAGGCCCCGAGCUGGAGCUCGAGGAGCCCAUCGGCCCGCUAUCCCCGUCGGCCAAAGAAAAGGACGUGCUCACGGAAUGCCAUCUCCUGCGCGACUCGCACGCGGGGCGCCGGGCCGCCAUCCUCGGGGUGGACUCGGACAGCGCCGCCACCCACCCGCUGUGGUCGAUCUACUCGCGCUACCUGACGGACUGGUACGGGCUGGAGCUGGUGUCGUGGCCGUCCAACACCCCGGUGGACAUCGUGCUCGCGGAAGAACAAAGCCUCGCCGAAGCGGCCAUCCAGCCCCCUCUCGACGCGACCCUCCCGUCCCUGCUCAUCCUCUGCAACAAAUCCGUCGACUACACCACGGCGCGCACGCAAUGGUCCUCCCUGGCCAACGCCGUCAACAUCAUCCGCCGCCCCUGCGGCCCACACAUGCUCGCGCGCAGCAUCCGGAAAUGCCUCGACGCGCAGACCGAAACGGUCCCCGGCCGCACGAUCCAGCUCCCGGAACGCCCGCGCAACACCACCUUCUCCACCAGCGACCUCUCCCCCGGCGAACGCCUCUUCGAACUCACAGCCGACACCCCCGACCUCGCCCCAGACAUGACCACCAGCUCCGGCUCAUCGUUGUCAAUCGACUACCCCCGCUCGCAGACCUCGUCGGAUGGCCUGGAACCGCUAUAUGCCACCGCUUCUCCGCCCGCGCUUCCCAUACGCGCCCCGUCGCCGUAUAAACAGCCGCAGCCGCAGCCGCAGCCCGAGCCCGCACCGAUAGAGAAGCCGGAACGUCGCCCCCGGGUCCUUGUCGUCGACGAUAACAGCAUCAAUCUGAAUCUGAUGCUCACGUUCAUGAAGAAACGCCAGCUUAUGGCGUUGGAUUCGGCCGAGAAUGGGAAGAUUGCCGUCGAUGCGGUUGAGAGGUUGCAGGUGGGGUAUGACAUUGUUUUUAUGGGUGAGUUAUCCAUCCUUUACCUUUCUUUCUUUCUUUCUUUCAUCUUUCUUUCCUCACAAUUGAUCUCCCUUCCUAUCCAUCGGCAUCUAUAUACCCAUCCCACCCCCACAGAACAUCUGCUAAUAGAGAAAUAAAAAACAGACAUGUCCAUGCCCGUCAUGAACGGCUUCGAAGCUACGCGCGCCAUUCGCGCCAUCGAGAAAGAGCGCGGAGAGGGAUACACGCCCGCGGUGAUCAUCGCGUUGAC